CGGGCUCUGGCAUUGAGAGGUGGCGGCAUCUUCGGGAGGAAAGUAGGAGGAAGGUUCGGAGGCACGUUGCCGCUAAGACCAGCUGAAGUCGCCGAGUCCCCGGCAGGGGAUGAUGCAGCGGAAGCAGCGGCAGCAGGGGCAGCGACGGAGGAAAAACCAGCCACUGCCCAGGUUGGCUUGAAUGAGGAAGGGGAAGGAGGUGCGGGGGGGGAGCAGGUUGCGGAAUCCUCGUCCUCCAAGUCCGCAGGGCUGCAGACGGUGGUGCAGCAUUCCUACUCAGCCUGCGAUAUGAGCUUGAGGAGGCGAGAGAAGGAGAACGAUGGCCAGGAGACCACGUUCCGCUUCAACGAGACCCUGGUCCGCUCCUACUCCGACACGGUCUGUGCUGUUCGACCGUCCUCCAAGAGGUUCGGGCUGGACUGCAUGCAACAGAUCAGGAGCGCGAGGUACAUCUACAUCGUAUCGGACAGCACCGGUUUCACGGCCUCGCACGCCCUCACCAGCGUCAUGGCGCAGUUCGAGUCGGUGUCGGUGGACUGGGCGGGGGACAGCGACGUGUUCAACACCUCGCAGUUGGAGGUGCGGACUCAGAUGUUCAGCAACGUCAACGACAAGGUCAGGCUGACGAGGAUCGUGCGGCUGGCGGCGACCAUGAAAGCUUUCAUCGUGUACACGCUCAUGACGCCCGAGCUCAACGAGCAGAUGGUGUCUUACUGUUACUCCCUCAACGUGCCGUGCGAGGACAUGCUGGGGCCCAUGGUGAGGAACAUCGCAGGCUUCCUUGGCAUGCAUCCUUCGGGCGAGCCGAGGGGGUCCACCAACGUGAAGAGGAAGCCGCUGAGCGACAAGUACUUCAGUCGGAUCGCAGCCGUGGAGUUUACGAUACGACAGGACGACGGAAACCUUCCUUCCAACCUCGGCAAGGCCGACGUCGUGCUGCUCGGCGUAUCGAGGAGCAGCAAGACUCCCCUCUCUGUCUACCUGGCGCAGCAGUUCGGCUACCGAGUAGCGAACAUCCCCAUCAUCAAGGACAUGCCGCUUCCCAAGGAGCUGCUGGAGGUGGAUCCCCGCCGAGUCUUCGGGCUCACUAUUGCAGGACCAUAUUUGAAGAGAAUAAGAAGUCGACGACUAGCGGAGACCGCGGGAAGCUUCGACUACGACAACAUGAAGUACAUCAACGCCGAGCUAGCCUGGUCCAAGGAUCUCUACAGCCAGCAUCCUGAGUGGUCGGUGAUCGACGUGACCGGUCGGUCGGUGGAGGAGAAUGCAGCGAUCAUCAACGAGCUCCUGGGCAUCUCAACAGUGAGCAGGUGGCGGCCGCUGGUGCUAGUGGUGACAUGCAUGGCAGGGGAAGCCGACGCCGGUGGAGGCAGCGCUACAUGCGCUUGA